CAAAAUUAUUGUCAGUUACAAUCAUCAACGGCAUCAACACUUCUUCUCUACAUCAUUUUUCGUUUAAAUGGCUCUCAAAAUUGCACAGUGCAUCGCUCCUAUCCUUCAAUAUGGCAGACAUCAAUUGCUUCAAGUUUUUUAUCCAUCAACUGAGAACACCCAGAAGAAACCAAUAAGUUUCCUAGCAAAAAUCAAUGAGUUUAAAAACAAAUUAGUUUUGAACAGAACAAUUAGCGAAAGAAAGUGCUGUAAGGAACCAGAAGAAAACUUAGCAGCUGUUUUACAUGGAGAAGGAGAUUUGAGAUUGGAAAAUCGGCCUAUACCCAAAUAUAAUGCAAAUCAGGUUCUUGUGGAAGUGGAAGUAUGUGGCAUAUGUGACUCGGACGUUAGUUUAUUCGGAGAAGGGCGACUUGGUACUGAUUUCCUGAAAAAACCCACAAUUAUUGGUCACGAAGCUUCCGGCACCGUCUGGAAAUGCGGAGAAUGCGUUAAAAAUCUGAAACCUGGAGAUAAGGUUGCUAUUGAACCACUUGUACCGUGCAGGAUGUGUCUUUUAUGUAAACUAGGCAAAUACAAUGUGUGUCCCAACUUGUGUCGACGCUUCGCCCCAUACAGCGACGGCAACCUAUCAAGAUAUUAUGUGCACGAAUCCGAUUUCUGUUACAAAGUCCCCAAAAACAUGGAUCUGGAACUAGCUGCCCUUAUGGAACCUCUAUCUAGGGGAGUACACGCGUGCAAAAAAGCCAAAAUCACUAGCGGAGAUUCGGUUUUAGUUCUCGGUUCUGGGCCGUUUGGAUUAUUGACUAUGCAAGCCGCCAGAGCUUAUGGUGCCUCAUCCGUAGUUGUUUUGGAUAUCGAUCCGUUUAAACUGUCAAAGGCCAUGGAAAUGGGGGCAGAUUGUACUAUAGACUGCAAAAAACUUCCUGAACAAGAAGUUGUGAGGCAAAUUCAUGAUCUCUUAGGGAAUUUGCCUAACAAAACUUUCGCUUGUAGUUGCUAUGAAAAAGCUAUUAGAGUAGGUAUUCUAGCUACAGCUACUUGUGGCAAAAUAGUCAUAGCAGCAUUUGGUGCUAACGAUCAGUGCCUACCAAUAAUGGAUUCGUUUCAUAAAGAAAUGGAGAUAAUCUGCUCUAUAGGAUACGCCAACGACUAUCAAACAGCGAUAGAUAUGGUUACAAGGGGAAAAGUGGAUCCCAGGCCAGUGGUGACGCAUCAUUUUAAGAUGUGUGAUGCGAUUAAAGCGUACGAGCUCGCGGCGAAUGAGAAUCAGAGACAACUGAAAAUUUUCAUUCAUCCGAAUCCCAAGUGGCAACCUGAAAGCUGUUGAGUUUGUUAUCAAAAUAAUAAAGAUUGUAACUGUG